UGGACUCAGUUUGGUUCUUUGAGUUUCUACAUUGGAGCCUGAAUUUUAAAUGUAAUCUUUGUAAAGCAGAUUGAAGUGAUAAUAAAGUGGCUGCAUGACGUCUGCUGAUCCUGUGAAUGUGUCGUCCUGCUGCUCUGUGGAGGCUUUCUCACAGCUUCUGUCAUGUUGUGGAGACACAGUGUGUGUGUUGUUAGGCUGAAGGUUAACAGAUGAAGUUUCACAACAACCAGCUGAUCCUUCAUGUGUCCAUAAAUCACAGCUAAUGUGAUAAACUUCGUGUGUUUCUCUGAAUGUCGGGUGUUUUAGAAACGUGCCGGCUCUGACUGACACUAAAUGAAGCCUGCUCGUCUCAUCCUGUCUUUAAUGAUUGAUCCAAAGUCAACAUGUUUGCAGUCCAAGUCCAGGACGUGGCUUUGAUUCCUGCUGAUCUCCUCAUGAGGCUUCUGCUGUUUGGAUAUUUACCAUAUGAUCGAGUUUGAUUUUAAAUUCUAAGUUUUUGUUGAAAGUUUCAGAGUUUUGGAUUUAUGAGGUAAGAGGGUUAAAAAUACGGAUUACUUCCAAAACCCGACAGUUUUUCUGAGCGUUCUGAGAGCUAAAGUCCGUUUCUCGUUGUUUGUGUUUUGUUUCCAGCCUCUGAAGAAACAACAUGAUCUUUAUUUCUGCUCUUCAGCUGAUAAUCGGUCUGCUGAGCCUGCUGCUGCUCUCAGACUGUGAGAAGAUCAAGCUGGUGGGUCCGAGCCGGUGCUCCGGCCGGGUGGAGGUCUUCCAUGGGGACAGCUGGGGGACGGUGUGCGACGACCACUGGAGCAUCACCAACGCCGAGGUGGUCUGCCGGGAGCUCAACUGUGGCACGGUGAUCGAGGCCAAGAGAGGAGCCUUCUUUGGGGAAGGGAAGGAGGAGAUCUGGCUGGACGAUGUUCAGUGCACCGGAGAAGAAUCCUCCAUCCUGAAGUGUCCUCACAGAACCCUUGGGGUGAACAACUGUGGACACGGCGAGGACGCCGGCGUCGUCUGCUCAGAUUUUGUGCGUCUUCUCAACGGCACUAAUCGCUGUAACGGCAGAGUUGAAGUUUUCCGGAAUGGCCAAUGGAAGCGAGUUUGCAGCAGCGACUGGACCAAAGACGACGCUGACGUGGUCUGCAGAGAGAUCAGCUGUGGAAGUCCUUUGACUCAGACUUUGCCUCCACACUUUGGAGAAGCUACCAACCUGAACGGAGUCAAAACCCACUGUGUUGGAAAUGAAAGCUCCAUCUCCAAGUGCACACUUCAGGAUACCACAGAAACCUGCAUAGAUGCUACUGUUGUCUGUACAAACAGUAAACCCAUCCGGCUGGUGAACGGAACCAACCGGUGCUCGGGUCGGGUGGAGGUGUACCACCAAGGCCAGUGGGGGACGAUCUGUGAUGACCGAUGGGGGAUGCAGGAAGCAACCGUCACCUGCAGGGAGAUGAACUGUGGCAACGCUGUGGCUGUGAAAUAUAAAGCCUUCUUCGGCAGCGGACAGGAUCAGGUGUGGUUGGAUGAUAUCGAGUGUACCGGUCACGAGAAGUCCAUCGCCGACUGUCCACACAGAGGCUUUGGAGAACACGACUGUGACCACAGUGAGGACGCAGGUGUCGUCUGCUCAGAGUGGGUCCGACUGCUGAACGGCACCGACAGCUGCUCUGGCAGGGUGGAGGUUCACCACGACGGCCACUGGGGCAAAGUCUGUAAUAAUAACUGGGGCAAUAAGGAGGCUACAGUGGUGUGUAAGGAGCUCAACUGUGGAGCUCCUAAAAAGAUCCAGGAAUCGUUUGGCGACAGCGGACUGAGGGGCUUCAUUAGCAGAUGCUCUGGUAACGUGAGCUCCAUCGGCCAGUGUGGAUUUCAGGAGCACACUGGAAACUGUCAAGGUGUUUCGCUUUCCUGUUCAGGUAGUCCGGCCGUGAGGCUGGUGAACGGAACCGACCGCUGUUCGGGUCGGGUGGAGGUUCUGCACGAGGGUCAGUGGGGAACUGUGUGUGAUGACGAGUGGGACAUCAGGGACGCUCAGGUGGUCUGCAGAGCUAUGGACUGCGGAACCGCUCAGACCGCCAAGACCAGCGGCUUCUUCGGCGAAGGUCAAGGAACCAUCUGGCUGGACGACGUCAACUGUGUCGGAAACGAGACGUCGCUGCUGCACUGCCAGAGGCCUUCAUUUGGAGAGAACAACUGUGGACACAGUGAGGACGCUGGUGUGGUCUGUUCAGCCACCAUCAGACUGAUCAAUGGGACGGACGAGUGCUCGGGUCGGGUCGAGCUGCACCACGGUGGACACUGGGCCGCCGCCAGCAGUGUGAACUGGGGGAUGAACGAAGCUGCAGUGGUUUGCAGGGAGAUGAACUGUGGAGACGCGGUGAAGGUGUCGGGUUCCUUCGGUGCAGGUGAAGACCGGAGAGGCUACCAGGUGAGCUGCAGCGGCAGAGAGAGCUCGCUGACGCUGUGCAGCCUCAGAGAAUAUCCAGCCGGCAGCCGCAUCCAGGAGGCGUCGGUCCAGUGCUCAGGUAAUGUGAAGUUGGCCAGUGGGCCCAAUCGCUGUAUUGGCAGAGUGGAGUUCUACAACAACGGCCAGUGGGGGACCGUUUGUGGGGAAUCGUGGGACAUCAAUGAUGCAUCGGUGGUCUGCAGACAGCUGGACUGUGGAAGAGCUCAUAAGAUCACCACCAUGUCAGAGUACGGUCAGGGAACAGGGACGACCUGGAUCGAUCAGAUCGAGUGUAAUGGGAUGGAAUCGACUCUGCCUCAGUGUCCUCAGAGACCAUUUACAGAUAAAACCUGCAACAUCUCCUCAGUAGCUGGAGUCAUCUGCACAGGGAGUCUGGAGGUCCGGCUGGCUAACGGUAAGGACGAGUGUUCUGGUCGGGUGGAGGUCCGUCAUGGUGACUCCUGGUCCACGGUCUGUGAUGCAGACUGGACUGUGGAUAAAGCCGAGGCGGUGUGUGAUGUUCUGGAGUGUGGACGGGCCGUGGAUGCUCCCGGCGCCGCUCAGUAUGGACAGGGCAGCGGCUCGGUGGUGGCGGCCGAUGAAUGCUUCAGCAACAUGACGAACCUGCGGCAGUGUUCGGGCCGAGGCUUCAGAGGGACAGCAUGCGGACACCAGCAGGAUGCUGGAGCUGUCUGUGCAGCUCAGGUCCGGCUGGUCGGCGGCGCCAGCCAGUGUUCCGGUCGGGUCGAGGUGUUCUAUAAGGGCCAGUGGGGAACCGUCUGCGAUGACGAAUGGGAGCUGUCCAGCGCUGACGUGGUCUGCAGACAGCUGGGCUGCGGUCAUGCCAUCUCUGCCCCGACCAGCGCCCACUUUGGCCAAGGUUCUGGUCCGAUCUGGCUGGAUAAUGUGGCCUGUUCGGGCAAGGAGUCGGCGCUGUCGCACUGCACCCACCUGGGCUUUGGAGAACAUAACUGUGGACAUGGAGAAGACGCCAGCGUCAUCUGUUUAGGCGCUUUGGCCAAACCUCAGAUCACCUUGUAUCCUGCUACGGAGGUCAACUGGGGCGAUAAGGUGGAGAUCACCUGCACCGUGGUCACUGAACACCUGGGAGGAACCUUCGUCCUGAAGAGGAUCCAGGACUCGUUUCAGAUGGAGAAGUUCUCCGACCACGACACUGCGACAUUCACCUUCCCUACAGCAGACUUCAACCAGAGAGGAUCGUACUUCUGUGAAUAUCAAAAGAAGCUUCCUGGUCAGAUCAUCUACUAUCCUCAAGGAAACACGGCUGCUCUCUCCGUCACAGUGAAGCUGGAGAAGCCCAGCAUCUCGCUGUCCUCCCCUCAUGCCAUGGUGGUCUACAGUCCAGACAAAGUGUCGGUCACUCAGGGCAGCUCCUUCUCUGUCACCUGCUCCACCCACUCCAGGUAUCCUGGAGGCUUCUUCUACCUGACCCGGUCCAACAGGAGCACCACGGAGGCCAAGCCAGCCUUCGGUCACUCCAUCUUCUACCUGGCCUACUUUGAGUUUCCCUCCAUAGAGUUGGAACACCAGGGAGAAUAUUCCUGCGUCUACGGACUGAACAUCUCCUCGCUGUCCUUCUGCUCUGUUCCCUCCAAGUCUCUGCAAGUCACCGUGAUCUCCGCCUCCUCCUCCUCAGUGGUCGGAGGAGUUGUGGGUUUUCUGGUGGUUCUGGUGCUGCUGCUGGUGGUUGGUUUCCUGGUGUGGAGGAGGAGAUGGAGAGGUUCUGGAGUCAUGGUUCAGUUCAGGAACAGGUUUGAAGAAGCAAUGAAACGAGACAUGGAGGACAGAAGCAACGGAGCUCUGGAUGGAAGAGAACGCAGCAACCAGCUGUAUGAAGGUGGACCGGGUUGCAGCUCGGAGGACAAAGCUGCCGACGUGGACGCUGAUACCGGAGUGGACAGAGUUCCUGAAGAUCUGGCUGGAAGAGUCUGUUACGAGCUCGAGCCUCUCGUCCUGUCGUGAUGAAAACUAAAGCCAGUCAUGUGAUCUGUUUUACAGUUUUAUCGAUUCUCCAUUAAACCUUCAUCCAUGUGUUGGCAGCAGAUAUUGGAAGUGCAGAGAACAAGAAGAAGCUUCUGAUCAGACUAAAGUUCUGCGAGGAGCCUGUAAAGUGGAAUAAACAGCGUUUCUGAUCAGUCUCCUGACGUUUAGACGUUUAACUGCAUCAGCUCCGCCUUGACUUUACUGAACCUAAAGAGCAGCUUAACACCAGUUUCACAGUUUGUCUCUGCGUCCAGCCACAACACGAGAAGUGAAACUACUGCAGCUCAUCAGAAACCUUCAGUGUUAUGCUGAUCUUUAGAGGAACAACAGCUGUUACACCAUCUUUAAAACUUCCUCCACUAGAUGCUGUUAUUUACUUUACUGGAAAUUAAAACAUGAUUUUAAGUAACCGACCUGCAGCGCCUCAGAUCCUCUUCACACUUUGCUGAUUUGUCAUUUGUGACCAAAAACUAAGUUCUGAAAAAUAUUUGGACCGAAUUUUGAGAACUUUGUAUGUUUUCAGACCUGACAAAUUUAGUAUUUUUACCCUCAAAAAGCAAAAACAGUUGAGCUGCAUCUCUGAGCUGCUCAUCUGAUGACUUGUGUCCACGUGGAAGCAACACUCAGUGAGCUUCAGAUAACAAACUGUUAAACAUUUGACCUUCUUUGGAGAGUGAAAUGAAAACUGGGAAUAAUCUGACACUUAGUUUGGGUCCCACAGGACAAAUCAGCAGAAGCAUGAUCCUGACUUCUGUCUGAACCGACACUUUGAUAUGAAGUGAUUUUAUUUUUCUUCCACAUUUCGUUGUCUUUGUGUUGGAUGAUAAUUCGAUGUUUUGCUGUGAUAUUGAUCAAUAAAUGUGUGUUUCUUAUGUUUUUGACCCACGUCAUGACUUCAUCCUCCUGAUCAGAGAAAAUACGCUCAGACCCCUCUUUAGAUGAUCAGAAAAUAAUUGAUGAGUUGUCAGCCAAUAAUCACCAACUAUUCUGAUGAUCAAUCGCUUUAAGUCCUUUUUAUUAAAAACUGUCUAAAUUCUG